UUCCCCUUAUUUUUCACCAACUCACAAGUCACACCCCCGAUUUCCCCCUUUUUCUCUCUCCUCUAAAAUCGUCAACACCAAUGUCGACCAAACCCUUACCCACCUCCACCAACCCAAACUACGGCACAAUUCCCACCACCACCACCUCUACCUCCAUUUCCUCCAUCGACACAUUCAUCACACGAACCACCAACCAAACCCGAACCCUAAUCUCCCACCGCCGUCCAUGGCGGGAAUUCCUUUCCUUCUCUUCCUUCUCUCCCCCAACCUCUUACUCCACCGCCAUGUCCCGCCUCCGCCGCAACCUCAACUACUUCCGCUUCAAUUACUCCCUAAUCGUCCUCACCAUCCUCUUCCUCAGUCUUCUAUGGCACCCAAUAUCCAUGAUCGUCUACUUAGCGGUUUUCGUCCUCUGGCUAUUCCUCUACCUUUCCAGGGACGACCCAAUCGUCGUGUUCGGCCGUUCAAUUGACGAUCGAUUAGUUCUUCUUGGUCUAUCACUUGUUACUAUUUUAGCAUUGGUUUUCACUCAUGUUGGGCUGAAUGUGUUGAUUUCGUUAAUUGUUGGUGUUUCUGUUGUCGGAUUACACGCCGGUUUUCGAAUCGUUGACGACUUGUUCUUAGAUGAGGAGGAUGUUGCUGAUGGUGGGUUGUCUGGGUUUAUCCCCAGCUCUGAAGGUCAGCCAUUGAGGCCUACUUAUGCCAUAGUUUGAUUUUGUGGGUUUCUGAGAAUUGUAAAUUUGACACGUCUAUAAACUAGGGGUGAUAUGAGCCGAACUCGAGCUUGCUUGGAAUGCUCGGCUCGGGUUGUGACAAUUACAUUCGGGCUCGGGUCAACUCUCAAGCUUUACGUUUAGUUGCUUUUAAGUUGUAUUGUGAUGAUUGAAAGGAAAUGGCAAAGCUUUUUCAUUUAGUUGUACACUGUAGAACUUUCUGUAGAAUUUAAUUUGAGCUAUUAGUUUGAUUAA